UGUGUGCGCAACCGAUCCGUCCACCGCUGCUCGCUCGCUCGCCGCCUUUCCUCGAGUCAAACUGUUGCCUCGUCCCAGUGCGGCAUGUGCUAGUGACGCGUGCGGUUGGGCCACACGGAACGUUCCGACCAGCAGCAGCAAAGCAGGCAGCCAGCAGUAGUUUUCAACUCUCCGACAUUCAUUCGAGCUCGCAUCCGUGCACGAUUCAGAUCCUGCACGUACCUACGCACAAGUCCACUGACGAGGUUCGUGCUCCGUCCAUUCAGGAUACAGCAGAGACUCUCGAAGUGCGUCGAACUUUGCUGCGAAAACUUUGCACAAAGUGGAGUGGAAUUAAAAAUAAAAUAAAACGCAUCGCAGUUUAAGUAUUGUAUUAGAAUAGUGCCGUUUGUCUUUGACUUGGACAGCAAGAUGUCCAAGAAACGCGAAAUUGCAACCAUGACUACGGAAGAAAAGGAUGUGGAUAUGAAUACGGAUGAUUCGGGCAACAGUUGCGGCAGCAGCGUCGUCUCCGAUCUCAGUGGUCCAUCCGAUCAGAUUGAUCUAUUCGAUGGUGAUGGUGUGCAGGUGUCUGAUCUCGAAGAGGUCGAUUCACCCUUGCCACUUAUGCAGUGUGGACCUAUGAAUAAUACUGAAGAACAUCAUCACCAACACCGCAUCGCCAUGGAGAAAGACAAGGACGUGGAAUCUCAGCAAAGACUGGCCGUGUUGAGUUACGAGCAAGUGCGGCGGCUCAAUGAUGUUAUGGAUGAAGUGGUAGCAAUUCAUGGACGUGGUAACUUUCCGACCAUCGAGGUACGCCUUCGUGAUCUGGUGACGGUGGUGCGUGGCAAGUUGGAAGCUGAUACGGCUGCCGGCGGCGCCGGUAUGAAAGUGCGCGACAUACGUUUGAAUGGCGGCGCCGCGUCGCACGUCCUCGCCAUCGAAUCGCAGCCAUACAACGAUCUGGAUCUCAUCUUCGGCGUGGAAUUAGCAACGCCGCGUAACUACGACCGCGUUAAAUCCGCCGUUCUCAACUCGCUCUACGAUCUGCUACCUGAAGGCGUCAGUCGUAAACGCAUCUCGUCCUGCAGCAUGAAAGAAGCUUACGUGAGCAAAAUGGUAAAGGUGAAUAACGAUGGUGAUCGCUGGUCGUUGAUUUCGCUUGGAACCUCUCGUGGUCAUAAGAAUGUUGAGUUGAAGUUUGUUGACACGAUGCGACGGCAGUUUGAGUUCUCCGUUGACUCCUUCCAGAUUGUUCUCGAUUCGUUGUUACUAUUCUACGACUGCAGUGAGUUGGAGAUUAGCGAGAAUUUCUAUCCGACUGUUGUUGGCGAGUCUGUGUUUGGAGACUUCCAGGAGGCGCUUUACCACUUGCAGAACAAACUGAUCUCAACGAGGCACCCCGAGGAGAUCCGCGGUGGUGGCCUGCUUAAGUACUGCUAUCUGCUAGUCAAGAACUACCAGCCGGCGCGGCCCGAAUGGAUCAAGUCACUACAGCGUUACAUGUGCUCGCGAUUCUUCAUCGACUUCCCCGAUAUCAAUCAACAGAAGGCAAAGCUGGAGAACUACCUGUGGAACCACUUCGGCGGACCCGAGGAGGAAGCGCUCAAGCACCAGUACCUGAUGCAUCUGCACGAGGUCGUCGAAGAGUCCACCGUUUGUCUCAUGGGCCAUGAACGGCGUCAGACGCUUUCACUCAUCGACAACCUUGCAUGGCAGGUGUUGUGUUUGGACCAACAACGGCUGAUGGCUCAACAACAGCCGCAGGGAGCUUACGUCUACAGUUACAUUUAUCCAGUGGUGCCGGCCAAUUAUAACUACGCCGCUCCUGGUUGCACGUGCCACGCCGCCUGGAUGCCGUGCUCGACGUGAUGCGGGUAAAGAGCCUGCCGCCCGGAGAGAGAAGACAUUCCGUCCGAGAGUCGGCUCGCUUGCGUCGCGCGCCCAAGUGAACCCGCACUCCGUCGGCCGCGCGAACACACUCUGCAACUACUCUGCACCAACAAAUGUAAACACGCAAUCAAACUGAAACUACCUGAAAAGCGGAACGCGAUUGUCGCAUGCAAACUAAAGGACUGAGGUCUGGUACGUAGGCCACAAAACAUUUACUUAACACUUAAGAAAAUCCCAUGCCACAUUCUUCUUGACGUCACAUGUCAUCCAUCUUGAAAUAUCGCUUUUCAACACAUCUAGACAAAUCUAGAGAGAAAUCAAAUCGAAAUCUGAUAAACAUGUAUAAAUCAUUCCGCAUUUUAGUAUGUUUACUCUUAAUUAUACUUCUUGUAAUGAAUAUAGAGAUGAUGUUAUAAAAAUGAUAAAUGUAGGCCUAUCCUAUGUAAUUAAUUAGGCUCUAGAAGUUAUUACAGAUAAGCAGAAAUAUACAUUAUAGUGAAACAAACAAAAAAAUCUACAAAAUCGAUACAAAUCGUGUAAAACUCAAUGAGGCUGAAUGAAAAAAUAUUGAAAAUUACUUUCGAUGCAUCAUUGGUGUGUGGCUGUGAACACGUUUAAAAUAAACACAAAAAAAAUGUUAAAAAAAUUGAUAACAAAACGCAUUAUUGGGUUGUGUAACCAUUUAAUUUACGACUAUAUACUAAUUUCUCUAAGUACUAUAUUAUUAUUGUCGUUGUAGCACGGAAAAGAGAGUCGAUAACCGAAAUUUGCAAACAAAACACGGUAAACGUUGCUUCAUUGAGACUUGGGUAAUAAAUCGUUCGAUUGGACGCAUGACAGCAAAAAAGUUGCAAACGAAAUAUGCCGAAGUUGAUUUGUAAUUUCCAUUCCACUGCAAAAACCGCACGCGUUCGUCGAACUUUUCAAAUUAUUCAAAUCGUUAUGUGUCAAGACUGAUUUUUCUCGUGAUUUCGUUGCUUAAUUUGUAGAAUUAAUGCAUUUUAUUUAACUUAAAAUCAGAAUUCAUAUUUUUUUGUUUUAGAUAUUAAUAUUAAAUGCGUUGUUUUUGAUUUUGAUUUGGAUUUGCAUUCGUGAAAAGAAGCUUUAUUUAUCUCUGUUGUUUUUUUAUAAGCGGUUCGACCGAACGCGUUUUUCGUUUGUAUUAGUUUGCAAUUGAAACAGAAAAACAAGCAAAAAAAAAACACGAAACAACGUCGCCCGAUCGCAAUAAGUAUUAGCGUUUAUUCGAUGAUAUGAAAACGUUGUAUACACGUAAUAAUUGUAAAUAUCCUUAUUAUCUAUUACUACUUAUUAAAUCAAUGUUGUAAAUGGUUUCGACCACACUCAGCUGUAUUGAAUGAAGACAAACAGUGCAUGGAAACAUAUUUUCAGAUACAACUUCUUGGUGUCAUCAAGUGUAUAUGUUAUUCAUUAAUAACACAUAGAGCAGAGAUAUAAAUAAACUAUAAAAAUAUAUAAAUGAUGUUGACAAAUUUUUAAAUGAAACUGUUUUAGACAACACGAUAUGUGGACACAUACAUGAUGAUAAUAAAUGAGAAACAAAACAAAAAACAUAAAGAUAAUGGCAUAAACAUAUUUUAGAUAAAAGAUUCAACGUUUGUAUAUUAGAGCUACGAGUAAUUGUAUCGUACAUAAAAAUAUAUAUAGUUUGUUAUUGAAGAAUUUAAAAACAAAAAGCAGUAAAACUGAUUAAGCUGAUGAUAAUUCAACCCAGAGACAUGAUUCAAUUAUUUGUUAUAUUGAGAGAAACUGAUUACUUGUUGAAUAAGUCAAGAAUGAAGUACAAAUAUCAUUAACGCAUGCCAAACAUUCGUAUUGUAUUGUUAAUUAAAGCAUAAAUUCUUUGCCACACACAUCGCAAAUAUUUUUGAGCAAAGAAUACAAGCGAACGAAAUCAAAGCCGGCCUAAUAUUCAUCUAUAUAUAUUUUCUGUUUCAUUUCGAAUCGAAUGCCUUGAUUACGUUGCCUAAAAGUUAGAUUUGUAACAUUGAAUGUACUUACUUAUGACACAAAAAAGGGUAACUGACUGAAAACUAUUAGCGUGAAAAAUACAUUUGUCAGGAAGAGUUGUUUUGAUGAAUCUAUUUUCACUGCAAACAUAACCACAAUAUAUCUACAUAUAUAUGUAAACUACUACUAUUCAUUUAUUAUCUACUGUAAUAAUAAAUAAUGAUUAAAUUAAUUAUAAUUACGAUUUCCAUGCAGCCGAGGCAACAUUCACAUCGAGACCGGAAGGCGAAAUUAAUCUCUAGAAACAUUUUAGUAGCUAUUUAAAAAAACGAUGAACGAUGAUACACAUAUAUUACAUAUUUAGAAAGUAUGUUAAUAUCUAUCUAUUUUGAUCGAUGUCGAUCGCAAAUAUUGUAUGUUAGGAAACAAAUCGGCAAACGAAUGAAAUCUCCCAACAUAAUGGAACACAAAACGGGCUCUAACUGUAAUAACGUAUUGUACAUUUCUAUUUGUUAAAAAAUGUGUAUUGUAAUGUAAUCUAAUUCCGAAUGAUAUGAUGCUGGAACGUACGACAACCUGCGAUUAAAUUGAUUUGUGUAUUACACGUUUAAGUUCUUGUAAAACAAGUGAUUACAUGAGAUUGAUGAAAGUAAGUCGAUGCAAAAAAAAAACACUGAAUAUUAUAUAUUGAUGAAUGAAAAUGUUGAAAAAAUUAAAAACAUGUACAAAAAUA